AUGGAGCCUGUCUGCGUGGCGCCUGUCUAUGCAGUCGACAAAUGGCCAAUCAUAGGGUUCGGGGGCGCUGUUGCUGAGAUGGCAGGAUGGGCUAUGAACCGCUUGAACCUCACUGAACAACAACGUCAACCAUUUUUUGAUAUGUAUUUCGGCGAGGACGGGGCCCGCUAUAAUUUCCUACGUCUUUGCAUCCACACGACUUUCGACCAUUACACGUUUGACGACGUACCUGAUGAUUUCGAAUUGAAGCAUUUUGAUUAUAAUGUUAGCGGAGAUCGAGAAAAUUACAAAUUCCAAACUGUUAAAAGGGUUCAGGAAAUGGUACCAGAACUGACGAUCAUAGGCAGUGCCUGGUCGCCGCCGUCGUGGAUGAAACUCGGUAAUCAUAGUAUGAACGGGAGCCCUAACCCUUGCCUCAAAGAGGACCCACGUUAUCAUAAGGCGUGGGCUGACUAUCUCGUUAAAUGGGUGGACGCUUAUGAGAAAUUAGGAGUACCAAUAUGGGCGAUAACGCAACAGAACGAACCGCAGAAUUAUGUAACUCAAAAUUGGGCGACUUGCAUUUUCACACCUGAGGCUCAGCUCGCCUUUAUACGAGAUCAUUUGGGACCAGCGAUGAAGGCGGCGAAUAAAAGCACUAAGUUGUUAUUCAAUGACGACGAUAAGAAUUUCCUACCAGAAGUUGCUAAGUUGAUUAUUGAGGAUGAUGUCGCUGCUGAGUAA